AUGCCUGACGCCGAUAACCUACACAACCAAGGAAAUGAUUCAAGAAACAGUUGGGAUGAAGACAAUAGUAAUGAGCUGAGCCCAACCGACGGUUAUUUCAAUUCGAAUCAAAUUCCUCAAAAAAUGAUUCCGGAUCCAACACACUCACAGGAUGAUAACCCGAAAGCCCAAGAGGCAAUCGAGGGGUCUACGAAAGGCAGAGUGGGAAUAGUUAUUGCGAUAAUUGCUAGUAUAUUGAGUGCGGCUUUUAUAAGCUCAGAUUCCAAGGCAAAUAUGGGCGGAGGACCUAAAUCUUCCAGCCUCGUCCAUGAUGGUAGUUCGCACUGUCAGCACGUAUCCGAUUCGGAUCAAACUACAUUCGAGAUUCCACAUGGCGCUGGAUUAAUAGUACGUCAAGACUUCUAUCAACAAGAUAGACCCCAUUACGGGCGGGAAGUCCAAACCGCAGGGGAAGUUCGCAUUCGACCUCUACCGAGAAAUUCAAAGAAGAAAAAAGCAUAUUUCACAAUUGACGUUAAACUGAGCCACCCCGAGCUGUCUGUCCUAAAGACCCUAAAUGAGGAUGAUGGGUCGCUAAAAGUCAGCACACCACACUUUGCCUACAUAGCGACAAAUGAGAACCCUUGCAUCUCACUUGAGAUUACUGCUUGGAUACCAGAGGAUUCGAAGAUAACAAACGUGUUUUUUGACUUGGUAACGCUAUCAAUCCAAUUGUUCGAUGAUGUUAAGAUUAAGGUUGUCAAAUACACCCAGUUGAAGACGGUUUCAGGACACAUUAAAUUUCCCAAAUACACAACUUCGUCAAAGGAUGUUCCAUCCAUCAACGCAGUUGAAGCUCAACCACAAGCAAACUUCGAAUUUGAUUCUCGCCGCAUUGUUGUCGAAACUGUUUCAGGUAAAAUGGAGGGUUCUUAUCCUCUGUAUGACCUUCUAAACCUAUCAUCCCAUUCCGGAGCUAUAGAAAUCAAAAUAUCCCCAAAACCCGUUCUCGAAUCGGCUCCCGCUCCUGCUACUCUAGAUAUUAAUACCUCUUCAGGUAGAAUUGAAGUAUCAUCGCCCGUCAAAUCACCAGAAGCCACCUACCCCCGAGAGUAUAUUACACGUUUAGGAUCCGUUUCUGGGACUAUCCGAGGUGAUUUCUUCGUCGGUUCUACGGGGGUUUUCAAAACAACUUCUAGCAGUAUUCAAAUUGUGGUGAGACCUGUUUUACCAGCAACUUCAAAUGAUGAUGAGACGAGAAAUGAGUUUUCUACUCGUUCGAUUAGUGGAACCACGCAUAUAACAUUACUUGAUCCUCUAUUUAUCUUACCUCCCACUAUUGGUAACAUUCAUGAUGGUCCACUUAACUCCACGGCAAUUGACAAAUACUCUACAUACGCUCCCGGUAUCAUUACCUUAUCAACUUCAUCCUCUAUACAGCCAUUCAACAGUCAACUCCGUACAUUUCACUCAACACACAGAACCACAUCCGGACAUAUAGAAUCAUACUAUCCCUCAUCCUGGGUCGGCAAUAUCAAAUCGAAAACAAUCUCGGGAAGAAUAAAAGUAGAAGGCAAAGGGAUAGAGAUUGUGGAGAGGAAUAAUGGAUGGGGUCACAAGUGGAUUAAAGCUAGGAAAGGAGUGGAGAGAGAUAAUGAUGGGAAUAGUGUGGGGUUUGAGACGGUAAGUGGGGCUAUUGCGUUUAAGGUUGGUUAUUAA